AGGAUUUUCUCUCCUUCCACUUAAUGAACAAAUCUGUUAAAGCUCGUGAUUUAAUCAUAUUAUAGAUUAAAAUAUUAUGGCCCCCGCUUUAAAAGGGCUGACGACAGGCUGCGGGAUCACUGGCUGCGGCGGUGGACUGAGGAAAUAACGCGGGUAGCGGCUGUGGCGGGAGAACGGCGUUCGCCAGUGCUCGAGUUCAAUCGGCCCUGACACUGGCAACUAUAAAAGGCUGAGAUGGAAGAUUUAACAGAUAAAGACCGUUUGAAAAUGGAGAUAGAGCAACUUAAGAAAGAAUUGCCUUUAGAAAGGAUGCUGGUAUCCAAAUGUGCAGAGGAACUGAAGGAUUACAUUGAAUCACAAUCUGCAGAAGAUCCUUUGGUAAAGGGAAUCCCUGAGGACAAGAAUCCCUUCAAGGAGAAGGGAGGCUGUGUGAUCUCAUAAAUCAGUCAGGACUCAAAUAUGCUCAGGUCAUCAGGGUAUUUUCUACAGCCUAGUGAUCAUUAGUACAAUGAAACCCUAUAGGUGACAAACCUGAAAGAUGGAAAAGGGAUAGGUUCAUCAUCUACAUUGGCAUGUCAUCUUUAUUGUUGUUGAAAUUAAAAAAAGCAUUUCUGCACAUGUUGCUAAUAAAGUUGAACAUUUGGCAAAUUCAAUCAUGAAUGGUGUUAACAUUUGGAAAACAAUAUAUACUUUCCAUUGCUGAUCUGUAGGGGCUAUAUCUAGAAAAUCAUAAUUUAAUAUUAUUACUUUGUGAAGGUACAUAUUUUAAAAUGGUAUUACAAAUGUGUACAUAUCCUGAUAAUUGUGUGUAGGAUACAAUAUUAGUAAAAUUAUAUUAUUUCCUAUUUCAAAUCCAUAUUGAAAAUACACCAAAAACUGCAUUUUUAUAUCAUGUAUAAACAGGUGGCAAAGUUACACUGAUAUAUUUAACUAUUUUAAUACAGAAUUUAACACAUCUGGCUUUCAGUUUUGAUGAAUUUGU